AUGUCUCAAAACCGCCUCCAUCCUGCAACAUCUUUGGGAACUAUCAUCGGCUUAGACAUCAAAUGCUUGAUCGCUCACCUCAAGAAAACUUUGACAGGCGUCGGACACGACUUUAAUUACGAAUUGUUCACCAGAUAUUCCCAAGGCAUCGAAAUCUUGCUGCAGCUGCUACAGGCAUCGCUCGUUACAGAACAUGACAUCGAGGAGGAGAAGGAACAGCAGACAGACAAGAAAAGUGAAUGUUUGGAACUGGUGUGGAGUUAUGUGACUUCAGAGAUGAAAACUCUGCACCGUCAUGAAAAAAUGUCUGUUGUGUCUCUUCAACAAUAUUUGACUUUACUGUGCAGCUUAGCAGAUUUCUUUUUCCCAUUGUCAGAAGAAACAUCAUGUCCCCAUAUUUCUAGUAGCAAUACUUUUUGGUUCCUGAUCCAAAGUGGCUUACACUCAGAUGAUCCAGCCCUGAGAAAAAGGUCAAUGUACCUUCUGAAAAGGAUCAUUGACACUUGUGAAAAGUCCAAUAAAGAUUUCUCUGUUCCACCUGCAGUCACUUCUGCAGAUAUCAUCUCAUCUCUGCCUUGUUUCUGGUGGAGUAAACAAUACCAGAAAGAACUUUCAAAAGUUUGGGAAGAUUUUAUUCUUCUUCUAGAAACUCUGGACGAAAAACAGACUCAUGUGAUCAAGCCUAUUCUUCCACGUAUGCAGUCUGUUACAGAUGCAGCCACUUUUAAACAAGGUCAUGUGUUGCUGCAUACAUCGUGGUUGGUGACUCUUCUCACUCGGGCUUUUGUUCAUGAGAGUGUAUAUAUUGUACGCUGGGCAGCAGAAACUGUGCUUCAUAUGGAUUUCACCAAAGUGCCCAUGAUGCAACAGGGGCAGAAAGCAUUUUUGACCCAUCAGCUGCUUGGCUUUCUUCAAGACUUGAAACUUUACACAAGACAAGAAGGUUCUCAUGUUGGCAGUUGUUCUGGUGUUGGUUCUGGUCUCAAGGGAUUUUUUGCCAGCUGUUGUGCUGCUCUGAAAACCCAGCAGGAGCAAGCCGACUUUGUGCAGCACAUAUUACAAACAAUUGUCAAGGACAACUGGGCUUCAGUCCCUCUAGUUUUCAUUACCCAAGGCCUGUCUUGCAUUCCAUCUUCUCCGGUCCUUACACCCCAGGCACUUCUGUUCAUUCGUGAGGUGGCUACAGUGAGUCUCAGAACUCUUGAGAUCUACACACGUGGAGCAAUAGAAUGUUUUUUAACAAAAGCAGUUCUUAGACUCAUUGAUAAGAGUAAAGUUUCCAUAGAAGAGUUUGUUGAGACACUUGCUGUGAUGGAUCGUGAUGAGAAUUUAAAAAGAGGCACACAUCUAUGGGAUUCUGUAGUCUCUUGGCUUCUAAUGCUGCGGUCUGACACCAUUGUGUCAGGUUGGACUUGGGUGGAUGUUCAGAGCACCCUUACCUCUAUGGCUGACAUUUAUCUCAAGGUCUCAGAAGAAAUAAUGGAAACAGUGAGUGUAGACACGGUGCAAGUAACAAAGAUUGCCCGGCUGCUUGUUCUCCUUGCUGAUUGUGAGUCCAGACUUAAAAUACAAAAUGUGGCUGAGCAAAAAGAAGGAGCAGCGCAUGAAGUUUUAGCUCAAGCUGCAGAUGUCAUUAAGGGCAUCAACAUCAGGGCCUACAUGCCCACCCUGAGGGCAGACAGGGCAAUUUGCUUGCUGUGCUCCUGUACAAAAGAUAUUGGUACAGAUGAUAAGGGAUCCCAGAUUCAAAAGAGUCUGUGCAUGACAGUUUCCGACUGCUGGGCAGACAUGCUUCUAUACAUAGAAAGGAGAGUGUUACACAGUACAUUUUCUGACAAGAAUGUGGAUCUUGAGCUGAUUGUCUUCUAUUGUGAAGCUGUGAAAACUCUUGGUCAGUUACUCCCUACAACCAAGGGCAUCAGUGGACUAACUACAUUGGCCAACAGCUGCACAAAGUUCCUGUCUGCUAUAAAAACUUGCUCUGAGCCACAAGCUAGAAGUGUUGUACAGCAAGUAGCAGCUGUAAGCCUGCUGUCUGCAGUAGCUCAUAUUGUGAGCUUUAAAGUAAAGAGACAAGCAGACAGUACCAGUCUUGAGCAAAAUGCAGGUCUAACAGAACUUUCAGCAGGUCUGCAACAAGAGUUCAGCACCAUGUCCUUAGACUGCAGCAUUUUUCAUCAACAUGGCAGGUAUGAGAAAUUAGCAGUUCUAUCUCCUUGUCACGGGCGCAUGAUAUGCCAAUACAUGCAAUCUGUGUGGGAAUGUCUUGAAUGUCUAUUGGUGGACUCCCCACAUCUCCGUGCUACACCAUCUAUCUUAGAGGCAGCGAUGGAAGCUUUGUCUGUCAGUUCUGGAGAAUCAGAUAUUCCAGUCAUGAAGUGUCUUAAACUGAUCAUGCCACAGUUAGUGCUUGAGGUUGAAGGAGAUCAAAUACAGUUUGCUUGCAAACUGGCACUGGCAAAAGCUCUUGAGGAGAUCAGAUCAUCAACCUUUUGGCUAAAGAUUGAGGCUUUCAUUAAUAUGGUACUACAGCCUGCCCUUCUGAAACUUCCAAAUGACACUGAGUUGGGCAGCUACACUGCAGAGUUGCUGAAAAGUCUUUUUAGUCUUGGUGUGGAGAAGACAGGCACUGUGAAUCUGGUCAUGGCACGCUUGUAUCGCUUGUGGAGUGAACCUGGCGGUACAGAGCUGGCUUUGCACAUGGUGCCAACCAUUGUUGAUGCGUGUAUGUUUGGCACUGUUCACAAGAAACCAGAGAGGUUGUGGCUUGAUGUUUGUAUGUAUAUUGAAACCCUUAAAGAAGAAUGUUCUGUGAAUGAAAUCAUGUCAAGCUGCUGGAAGAAUGAUACAUUUGUUCGUGUAAUGACUGCCAACUACCUGUCAAAAUUGAGACCUGAUGUUGCUGCCCAUAGGCAACUUGCAAUUGCCGUUUUACGGGAACUUUGGGAGCACUACGUUAAUUUGGCCCAGAAGUCAACUUUUCGACAGUUUGCUAACUCCAUCAGUCAUCGCCAGAAACAUCGACUCUCACUCAUGUUUCCUGUCUUGGAUCAGUUCAUUACUGAGGAAACUUGCGUGGAAUUCUGGGAAAAUGCAUGGCAAGGGCUGGUGUUAGAAUGUCAUCCCUCAGUAAGACACAAUCUUGAGUGGAUGGUCAUGAGGUUAGCCACACGUUUUCCUUCUCUGCUGCCUCGCCUAUGGAAUUACUUCAGCCAGUUUUCAGACAAGCGAAAUGUCAGUCUUUGCUCUCUGCUAAACAUCAUCACACAUCUGGGACCAGAACUCAGGAAGGAUUUACAGGAGGCAUACUACAUGCAGGCCUUGCCCUUGGCGCUUCCUUGGUGUAUGGCUCAUCACUUCAAUACACGUCUGCAUGGUCUAGCAUGUGUGUUAAGGUUAUGGGAACAAUGUCAGGCCAUUCAGCUUCUGACAGUUAUGCAGAAGUUUGAUCUUGUGCAGCAUUGUCUGAAGUUCACUCAAGAAAAUAGUAACUCUUCCAAGGUUGUUCUCAAACUUUUGGACAACUACUUCUACAAAACUUUUCAUUUCCGCCAGGACUAUAGCAUGGAGACCCUCUUCCACACAUUGCCCAGGCUGGCCUGCAUCAGUGAUGAGGAGUGGAUUGGCCCCGAGCUCUUCCAGCAUUGGGAUAGCUCUUGGCAGAUGGACAGCUCAACAUAUAUUCUGCCUCUGUAUAAUAGCAGCAAGAAGUUAUCUGCCUGCCCUCCUGGACCUUGGAGAAUGAAGGCUCAUGCUGAAAAUGAUGAAGAUGUCUGUGAAUCUACGGAUGGUGAUGUUCAAAAGAAAAUAAUUCCAUGGCGACUGAUGACGCCAGACAGCCAUGUAGAGCAGGAGUACACCUGUCGUAAAAAGGGUUAUAAGCCUGGGGGUCUUAUCUUAGUUACCUCUCUCAUCAACAAAGUGCCAAAUUUGGGAGGACUGUGCCGCACGAGUGAGAUCUUUGGUGUAUCAGAAUUUGUGAUUGGCAAUCUCAGUUAUUUGAAUGAUCAUGUCUUCCAGAGCCUCAGUGUUACUGCAGAAAAGUGGAUACCAAUUACAGAGGUCCCACCUUUUCGCGUGAGUGAAUACUUAGAGGAAAAGAAGAGAGAGAGUUACACUCUUGUUGGAGUAGAACAGACAGCUAACAGUGUCUGUCUUACAAACUUUAAGUUCCCUAAAAAGACUUUACUUCUUCUUGGAAAAGAGCGAGAAGGAAUUCCACCAGAAUUGUUGCAGCAGUUGGAUGUGUGUGUAGAAAUUCCUCAACAAGGUAUCAUCCGAUCACUCAAUGUCCAUGUGAGUGGAGCACUUCUGAUUUGGGAGUAUGCUCGUCAGCAUAUGGACAUGAAUCAGACUUAAUGCUUAUCAUCUAUUCUACCACAGUGAUGGGGUUUCUCACACAGACAGGUUACUGCUUUCAAAACAAUCAAGGGACACGACAGAACAUUCAAAGAGCACAGUCAGACCUGAAUGUGUUUUUGACAGCUGCCUUUUUUCAUUCAGAUAAAUUAUGUGGUCUUGUUUGAUGCUGGAAUUUUCACCUGUACAUGGUGCAUUUGCUGAUAAAAUACCUGGGUAAUGUGAACUGCUGAAAAUUUCCUGAAUUGGAUUGGUGACUUUAUUUCCUCAAUCUGUGUAGAUUUCAGACCUUUGAUAACACUGGACCAUGAGAAAACUUGAAUGUCUUCUUAGUUCCUUUUGUAGCAUUUAACAACUCAUUAUGCGUAUUAAUGAGAACAUAACUGAUUUGUUUGACAUUUUAAUUAGUACUGUAAGGAAGCUAUAUCUGCCUAUAAAAAAUGGAUUUGAGCGUAAGAUGGUAACUUGGUGUCUUACAGAUUUUUCAUUGGAAUUUAAGAGGAUGUGACACUGCUUUAUGGUGUUUUGUAGAAUAUAUGAAGGUAGAGACUGUAUAAGAUUAUCAUCAUCAAAUAUAUUUUUGAUCCAGUAUUUACAACAAUGCAUUUUAUACACAUCAUAACCUGUGAAUCUGGCCCACACUUGAAAUUCAAGACAUUGCUUAUACCGAUCCUUGCUUUGCGAAGAUCAACUUCAAAGUCAAAAACAGGAAGGGAGUGAACGUAAAUAAUGACAAGAACAUUGAAACAUUGUUUUUUGAGACCAGUAUCCAUUAUAUUUUGUUUGGGUUUUUUUUUUUUAAGUAAAGCACUUUAAUGUUGGGGAAAAGUGCUAUACAAAUCAACUUUAUUAUUACUAAUCUGCAACUGGAAUGUCAUGAGCAAGGCUGGAGACCGUAUUAGCUCCUGUAAUUGAAGUAGUGUAUUUUACUUUUUUGAAUUUUUAUCAUUGUUUAUAAAGGUGUGUAUUUUGUUACAAGCUGUUUGUUAGUUGAUCUGGCUUUUUGAUCUAGUGUAUCUAUACUUCUACAGAAAAAAAACUGUCGCAUUGAUUUGUAUAGUUGCCGUUUAUGGAGUUCAACUUUGCCACUAAGUUGGUGUCUCUCCAUUCUAUUAAGCUGGCAAACAUCAUCUUUUGAGACAUAUUUCUCUGUACAUCAUGUCUCUGAGCCACUCUGUGUGUGGCAAGUGAAUAUUGGCAAGAAGCCAAUAUUUUCAACUGUAAUAAAAAAAAGUAAAGCCUUAUUUUUUCAGAUAUUUUGACAAUUUUCUGUUUAAAAACAAAUGUACAGGUACAUUUAUAUGCUCCAUG